AUGGCCCGGCUGUGGCUCCAGCUCUGCAUCUGCCUCCAGAUCCCAGGUUUCUGUACAAAUCUACUUUUAUCCCAGAUUCCAGAGCAUAUUUUAGCCCAAACUAACAAUAAAACAGAAAUCGUCUGUGAGCUGAAGAAGGAGCAUGCUGGGGUGUACUGGUACCGCUGGAGCCAAGAGAGGCAAAAUUUCGAGUUCUUGAUAUUUUCCAACCCGUUGGGCAAAGCCAUGUACGGCGCUAACAUCAGCCAGGACAAGUUUAGUGUCCAUGGGGCGAGUUCCCACACCUCCUACAGCUUGCACAUCAGCCACCUCCACACCUCGGACAACGGCACCUAUUACUGCUCCAUCUCCCAGUCCUCCCAGCUCCUCCUGGGCAGCGGGACACGGCUCGGUGUGGUUGAUGUUUUGCCUCUGCCUCCGAAGACCACUCAGGCACCGCUCUCCAAAAAGCCCGUGCGGUGCGUAACCAAAAGCAAAGCUGCUGGCAAGAAAGGUGCCUGCAGCCCCCUGGUCUGGGUCCCUCUGGCUGCCACCGUCCUGGUCCUCCUGCUGAGCCUGGUCCCCACCACCUACCGCCUCCACCGUCUGCGGCGGAGGCUUUGGCUUCGUGUCCACAGGCAGUAA